AUGUCCAGCCCGGCAGUCGAAGCCCUCGCCCGCGGCCUCAACAAAGGCUUCCACGCCACGAAGCUUGAACUGAAGGCGCAACAGAGCCGCAGAAAAGGAGUCAAGUCGAAGAAAGCUGUGGCAGUGCGCGAGCUUGUUCGAGAAAUCGGUGGCUUCGCCCCGUAUGAACGCCGCGCCAUGGAAUAUCUGAAGAUCAGCAAGGACAAGAAGGCGCUCAAGUUUUUGAAGAAACGCGUCGGAGGCCACGGUCGUGCCAAGAACAAGCGGGACGAGCUCCAGGACGUGUUGAUCGCCAUGCGCAAGCACCACAAA